GCGGAGGUGGCUGCGCGGGCAGGUCGGAGCUGCGCGCUGCCGCUUCUGGUGCUUCUGUCCCCGCCGUCGCUGUCCGGCGGACUCCGGCUGCGGCGCCGACGAGGCGUGGGUCGGAACGCUUCCGAAGCCCGCAGGCAGCGCCGCUCGGGGCCUGGCGGGAGGGUGGGUGAGCGCGUGUGGUGGGACGCCGCGUGGACGAUCGGGCGUCCGCGAGGGACCGAGGCGGGGGCGGUGGGUCAGCUGCGGGCCGGGCCGGCCAGGGGAUGUCGAUGCCUGACGCGAUGCCGCUGCCCGGGGUCGGGGAGGAGCUGAAACAGGCCAAGGAGAUCGAGGACGCCGAGAAGUACUCUUUCAUGGCCACCGUCACCAAGGCGCCCAAGAAGCAAAUCCAGUUUGCUGAUGACAUGCAAGAGUUCACAAAAUUCCCUACCAAGACAGGCCGGAGAUCUUUGUCUCGCUCCAUCUCACAGUCCUCCACCGACAGCUACAGUUCAGCUGCAUCCUACACAGAUAGCUCUGAUGAUGAGGUUUCCCCCCGAGAAAAGCAGCAAACCAACUCGAAGGGCAGCAGCAAUUUCUGUGUGAAGAACAUCAAGCAGGCAGAAUUUGGACGCCGGGAGAUUGAAAUUGCAGAGCAAGACAUGUCUGCUCUGAUUUCACUCAGGAAACGUGCACAGGGGGAGAAGCCCUUGGCUGGUGCUAAAAUAGUGGGUUGUACACACAUCACGGCCCAGACAGCGGUGUUGAUUGAGACACUUUGCGCCCUUGGGGCUCAGUGCCGCUGGUCUGCUUGCAAUAUCUACUCAACUCAGAAUGAAGUAGCUGCAGCUUUAGCUGAGGCUGGAGUUGCAGUCUUCGCUUGGAAGGGCGAAUCAGAAGAUGAUUUCUGGUGGUGUAUUGACCGAUGUGUGAACAUGGAUGGGUGGCAGGCCAACAUGAUCCUGGAUGAUGGGGGAGACUUAACCCACUGGGUUUAUAAGAAGUAUCCAAACGUGUUUAAGAAGAUCCGAGGCAUUGUGGAAGAGAGCGUGACUGGUGUUCACAGGCUCUAUCAGCUCUCCAAAGCUGGGAAGCUCUGUGUUCCGGCCAUGAAUGUCAAUGAUUCUGUUACCAAACAGAAGUUUGAUAACUUGUACUGCUGCCGAGAAUCCAUUUUGGAUGGCCUGAAGAGGACCACAGAUGUGAUGUUUGGUGGGAAACAAGUGGUGGUGUGUGGCUAUGGUGAGGUAGGAAAGGGCUGCUGUGCUGCUCUCAAGGCCCUGGGAGCAAUUGUCUACAUCACAGAAAUCGACCCCAUCUGUGCUCUGCAGGCCUGCAUGGAUGGUUUCAGGGUGGUGAAGUUAAAUGAAGUCAUUCGGCAAGUCGAUGUCGUAAUAACUUGCACGGGAAACAAGAAUGUAGUCACACGUGAGCACUUGGACCGUAUGAAAAACAGUUGCAUUGUGUGUAAUAUGGGCCACUCCAACACGGAAAUCGAUGUGACCAGCCUCCGCACUCCAGAACUGACCUGGGAGCGAGUCCGUUCCCAGGUGGAUCAUGUCAUCUGGCCAGAUGGCAAACGCGUUGUCCUCCUGGCAGAGGGUCGUCUGCUCAAUUUGAGCUGCUCCACAGUUCCCACCUUUGUACUGUCCAUCACAGCUACAACACAGGCUCUGGCACUGAUAGAACUCUAUAAUGCACCUGAAGGACGAUACAAACAGGAUGUAUACUUGCUUCCCAAGAAAAUGGAUGAAUACGUUGCCAGCUUGCACCUGCCAUCUUUUGAUGCCCACCUGACAGAGCUGACAGACGACCAAGCAAAAUAUCUGGGACUCAACAAAAAUGGGCCAUUCAAACCUAAUUAUUACAGAUACUAACGGACCAUAUUACCAACAACCAGUCCAUAUGAACCACACAACUCUAAAAGAAAUAUUUUUUAAGAUAACUUUUAUUUUCUUUUUAUUCCUUUCCUGUUGAUUUUUUUCUAUAUUGUCAUUUUUUUUGUUUUUGUUUUUGUUUUCUUUUCAUCUCAGUAUCCAAGUUUUGCAGACCACAAAGGAACUUGGCUUCAAGGUUCCUUAGUUGAACCUGAGGUUCAGGGUCCCCCCCUACCCCGACCCCAAGUCAGUCAAGGAUUUUACUCUUCCAGCCCAGAAAGGUAAUCCUUUCACUACCAUUUCUGGGGACUAUCGUCGUGAUGAGGUACCUUGUUAAUAGGAAAUGCUAAGGUACCUUUGAUGUGGAACAAUUUGCAAUGUCUAAAUUGCCUUAAAGAGCCCACUUAUUAGCUGCUGAAAUCAGUGCUCUUUCACUUCUUCAGAGGAGCAGGAGUGGUAGCUACCUGCCAGGUAGAUGUAGAUGGUGCAUGUUAAUUUCCCUUAGAAGUUCCUGGCCUGUGUUCUGUGUGAAGGUGAGGGGUCGGGCUCAGAGAAAUGUCUCCCGGAGGACUGCCUGUGAAGAUGCAGCAGCCUCCUAGGCCUCUGUGCCGCCCUGCCUUCACUCCCUCCACUGUCUCAUUUUCCUACUUCUUAACAGACUACAUUGUAUCAAGUUGAACUUUGUCCCCUAGCAUUUAUUUCUGUUGUUUUGUUUUGUUUUUUAAUUAAGGAAAAUUUUAGUGUUAACACUGAGGAACUGCUCAGGUGGUCAGUUAUCAAUUUCUCUUUUCAACUUUUGAAGCAAAGAGUGGAGAGUUGAGUCUAGAGAAACUCUGUAAUCUCAAACUCUGAUGAAUCCCUCUGUUUCUAGCUCUUCAUUUUUAUAUCAUCAGUGAACUGGAGCCAUAAGCAAAUUGUUUCUGCUCUGCCCCAUACAGCUUAUGCUGAAGGCAAAUUUCUUGAGCCAUUACUCAGUAUAAACACACUGAGCUCUAUCUUUAGAGUUUGUCCUUUAAGAGCAAAUUUUUGGUCAGCUGUGCUUCUGCAACCUAAAAUAUUUAAAGGGAGAUAGGUGUGGAUAGAAGGAAGAAUGGUAAACUGGGCCAAAGUAAAAUGUAUAAUGUGUCUGGGACUAUAGAUGCUGUCUGAUGCUUGUUUUAUAGAAGUGAUACCAUUUUUGAUUGACAUAUCCACAAAAAGUUGAUGAACCAAGAUGUUAACAUUUUGCUGUAGAGAAAGUAACCAGUAUAUCCUGACUCAUUUUCUGAAAGAAUACCCAGAGAUUUCUCAAAGAUCAGAGAGUAUAUCCAUGCCAUGCACCCUGCUUACCAGCAUUUCUGCAUGGUGAAAUGAGCUUUAAGUAUAUAAUUAUUCAGGAUUUUAAAUCCUCAACUGGUUCUAGCUUAUAGUCCUUCAAAGCCGGGCUAUGCAUUAGUGCUAGAUAAUAGACAUUCUUAACUUCUCUCCACUGAUCAGAGAAACAAAUGCUAAAAACAGGAAUAUUAAAACCGAAGCUUUUACCCUGCAGCUUCCUAGCAGGGGACAAUAAUCUUGCCAAAACUUUUUUCCCUUCUCUCCCAUUUCUCCCCACCCAGUCCCUUUUCCUUGCCAGUGUGGCCAUGCUUGCUUCUCUGUAGAUGCUAACAGUUGAAGCCCUUUCUCCUAGGGCACUUAACCAGCCAAUCAGAACACCACAUCCAUUGGGGAGGUAACCUGGCCAACACUGUAUCCAUGGGGUCAGCUCUGCUGGAGAGAAGGGGCCUAGAUCCAACUGCCCUCUGAUCCUAUGUCUCUUACUGUGUCCAUAGGAAUAAUAGGUAAGGGCUCUGUCUCUGUCAAGCCAUGUAACAAAGGACACUGUGGAAAAAGUCUGGCAUCAGAGGGAGUAUAUGGAAAGCAACUUGGGAGGAAACUGUUCAUUUUGUAUUGAAUGAUUUUUAAUGAAUGCAAUAUUAAUCCUUGCAGAUCAGCAAUAAUCAUUAAAGUCAAUUAAAAUGAUAAGACCUUA